GCCCGGAGCAGUCCCAGCAGGUAGAGCAGAAAGCUGAGCCCAUAGACGACGCUGAGCUCGCUCUUCAAGGUAUCAACAUGCUUCUCAACAACGGAUUCAAGGAGAGCAACGAGCUUUUCAGAAAAUAUAGCUGCAGAUGAAUGUUAUUGAGUUGGUGUAACAUACUGUAAUGAAACAGGCAGAGAGCGUACAAUAUAGGCUAAUGAAAGUCUACAUUUAAAUCCAGUCUUGUCUCUUCAAACUAUCCCCCUUCAUAGCCCCCCUUCCCCCUAAACAAGAACUGAAAUAGUAGGUUAUGUACUACAUGCUGGCCCUGACAUUCCAAACAGUUGAAGGGGUAAUAGUGACUGAGAAAUGGAAGGAUAGUGCACUGCACUCACAGCAAUCCAGCUAUGUUUGUGCCAACAGGAGAAACUUCCACUUACUGUGCUAAUUUUAGCUCCCUGGAUAAUGAAGCCUUUCUCCCACCAUGAGUCGCUGAUGAUGCUGAAACAAAGGACUGAAUGUCCCUCUCUGUAAAGCACUAUAUGGGAAAACAUAUCUAGUGACUAAGAAGUUCAUGGUUAUUUUUAUACCAAUUUGAUGAAUGAUUUUUGAUAAUCUAUUAUGAUCUUUAUCUUUAGUUUGUUUCCUUAGUAACAUAACUUUUCCUCUUAGUCGAUACUCAACAUUCACUGGCUACUAUUUCCCCUGCUUUCUUGAAUUAUGUUUGGUAUUAGGCCGAAGUAACUGUCUCUAUCGCUCACCCCCUUCGACUCACAGUCCACUGAUGAGCUUUGGGGCCAGUUUUGUCAGCUUCCUGAAUGCCAUGAUGACCUUUGAGGAGGAGAAGAUGCAGACGGCGUGUGACGACCUGAGGACCACGGAGAAGCUGUGUGAGAGUGACAACGCUGGCGUCAUAGAGACAAUCAGGAACAAGAUCAAGAAGAGCUUGGAGUCCCAGAGGUCAGCGGUCGUGGUUGUGGACCGCCUGCAACGACAGAUCAUUGUGGCCGACUGCCAGGUCUACCUCGCUGUGCUUUCCUUCGUCAAGCAGGAGCUCUCAUCGUACAUCAAAGGAGGCUGGAUCCUCCGUAAGGCCUGGAAGAUGUACAAUAAGUGCCACAGUGACAUCAGUCAGCUGCAGGAGACCUGUGUGAGGCGCUGUUCCUCCCAUGAGGAGGAUCUGUCCUCAGACCAGGCCAAUCACAACUCCCCAGUGGAGGGCACUGUGACGGAAGAGGCCCUGGACCGGCUCAAGGGCUCCGUCAGCUUUGGCUACGGCCUCUUUCACCUCUGCAUCUCUAUGGUACCACCACACCUACUCAAGAUCAUCAACCUGCUGGGUUUCCCUGGUGACCGUCUCCAGGGUUUGUCCUCCCUCAUGUAUGCCAGUGAGAGUAAGGACAUGAAGGCCCCACUAGCUACGUUGGCCCUCCUGUGGUACCACACAGUAGUGCUGCCCUUUUUUGCACUGGAUGGUUCUGACACUCAGGCAGGCCUGGAGGAAGCCAAGGCCAUUCUGCAGAGGAAGGCUGUGGUCUACCCCAAUUCCUCCCUCUUCAUGUUCUUUAAAGGACGUGUUCAGAGGUUAGAGUGCCAAAUUAACAGUGCGCUGGUGUCCUUCCAUGAUGCACUAGAGCUGGCAUCAGACCAAAGAGAGAUCCAGCACGUGUGUCUCUAUGAAAUCGGCUGGUGCAGUAUGAUAGAGAUGAACUUUGAGGGUGCAUUCAGGUCAUUUGAGAGGCUGAAGAAUGAGUCCCGGUGGUCACAGUGUUACUAUGCCUACCUGACUGGAGUAUGUCAGGGAGCUGCAGGGGACUUGGAUGGUGCCAAGUGUGUCUUCAAAGAUGUCCAGAAACUGUUCAAGAGGAAGAACAACCAGAUUGAGCAGUUUGCCCUCAAGCGGGCGGAGAGACUGAGGAAGAUGUCUCCCACCAGAGAGCUGUGCAUUCUGGGAGUCAUAGAGGUGCUGUACCUGUGGAAGGCUCUGCCCAACUGCUCCUCCUCCAAACUGCAGCUCAUGAAUCAGGUGUUACAGAGUGUGGAUGACGCAUCGUGCAGGGGUCUGAAAAACCUCCUUCUUGGUUCCAUUCACAAAUGCCAUGGAAAUAAUAAAGAUGCUAUCCAGUCGUUCCAGCUGGCAGCCAGAGAUGAGUUUGGUCGACAGACCAACUCUUAUGUGCAGCCAUACUCCUGCUAUGAGCUUGGAUGUGUCCUGCUUGCCAAGCCAGAGACGGUGGGAAAAGGGAGAGCUUUUCUGCUUCAGUCAAAGGAGGAUUAUGCAGGCUAUGACUUUGAGAACAGACUUCACGUGCGCAUCCACUCAGCCAUGGCCUCGCUGAAGGAAGUGGUACCUCAAAGACCCGCCGACCACUGAUGUAAUGAUCACUCAGCCUCCAGCUGUGCAUUUGAUGAUACGGGUAGCAUGGCUUUUACUAUACAUUGAAAGCCAUUCAAAACCACAGUAUGUCAGUCUCAUCAGACACAUUUUUAUUUUCUUAUACACACAUCCAAGUACAAUAAACCAACAAUUUCAUAGUCAAUACCAACAAUUUCAUAGUCAAUACCAACAAUUUCAUAGUCAAUACCAAUCUAGUGUAUUUUUUUAGCCUUGCAACCCCUCCUUCCAUUCUGUGGACCAUAGGAUACAAGUAACUUCUUGAAGAGGCACACCUUAUUCCCAUUUCAGGUUUUCUUGACCAUAGGUAGUAAUAGUACAGUUAACAGUAGGAAACAUUGUCAACAAACAUUUUCAUCAAUAGAUAAUUUUUCUGCAAUGAGAAAGUGUUAUAGUGAAGUCAAAGUGACAACAACCCUAAGAAUGAUUGAACAAGAACUUAGCGGCCUGCUACCUUGUGGUAUUGUAUCACGCAGCGUGCCAUGGAACGCAUACCAUUAAGCAGUAAAAACGUUUCAUUUUGGAGUUUUUCUGACAUUCACAUUAUAGCUUACAAGUAAUAUGCACAGCCAAAUGUAUUGUGACAUUUUAGCACAAUUUUAGUCCAAACAAUGUUAUAGAUUAACAUGAUUUAUUUUAGUUUCUAAGCAGUGCGCAUUGAUCUGCACACUAUGCAUACAAUUGCAGGGGUAUUAGUAACCCAGGGACCUGAAAGCUUCUUUUCUACAGCUGUGUACUAUAAAUUAUGUUUUUUUUCUGAGAUACUUUGGAUGACAACACCAUUAUCAGGACACAGAACACAUGUAUAUUCAUAUUUACUCUGGUUUUUAACAAAAUGCAACAAGGUCCUAUUAACUACAGGCAUUGUAAUAACCACGAUAAGAUUUAAGUUAUUCAAACUGGACAUUCAAGUUUGAUAUUCUGUCAUUUUAGUGUGAUCAGGCUUUUCUAUCAUCAGGCCACACUGAUGACGAGUGAACCAUUCAAGACAGUCUAAAACUAAAUUGAAAGUGCAGGUUAUUGUAUCACUCUUUUUAUAAUCACUCCGAGGUGCAAUAAAAGGCAAAGCAAUAAAAAGCUAAAAGUCUGGUCAUUUUACACUGGAAGUUUCAUUAGCUAUUUCAAGUCCCACUUUACAAAUAAACAAAUUAUAAAGGCUUAGCACAAGCACUACACAGCACAAAUAAUUUAUUAGCAAAUUCAUACUAUAUGAGAGGUGAUAUAAACUGUCUUUACUUCAUACUACAUGAAGGGUGAUAUCAACUCUUUAAUUCAUACUAUACUGAACAAAAAUAUAAACGCAAUAUGUAAAGUGUUGGUCCCAUUUUUCAUGAGCUGAAAUAAAAGAUCCCAGAAAUGUUCCAUACGCACAAAAAGCGUAUUUCUCUCAAAU